AUGGACAUCCUCGUCUCCGCAAUCCUAGGUGACCUCGUCAGCAGGUCGGCGUCGUUCGUGAUCGGCAAGUACUUCCGGCAGCAGCCUGGCAUCGACAUGAUUCUCCAGAGGCUGCAGCGAGUCGUCCAGAGAAUCGACACCGUCGUCGAGGAUGCCGAGGGACGGCGCAUCACCAACCAGGGGAUGCUCCGUCAGCUGAAGACGCUGAGGCAAGGAAUGUACAGAGGCCGCUACAUUCUUGAUGCCCUGAGCUUCCAAGCCGCCCUUGAAGAUGAGGAGGGGGUGAGCCACCCACUGACUGCUGCUCUGCUGUCUGAAUCCAGUAGUCUCGCCAAACGGCUUCGUUUCUCCGGUGGUGCCGGUGGCGGUGGUAGCAGCAGCAACAGAGAAGCAGCAGGAGUGUUAAUGUUCGGUGCAAAGAACAGCAUACGAGAAGAGCUGCAACGUGUGGUUUCUUCUCUUGAAGACACCAUGGAUGCAGGUAUGAAGGAGUUCCUUCUCUUCUUGGAGUCGUAUCCUCGGGUACUCCGCCAACCAUACGCCGCAUAUUUGCUCUUGGAGAAGUGCAUGUUUGGUCGCCAAACGGAACGGGAACGGGUCCUGGAUUUCUUGCUCCAUCCUGCUGCUACUCCGAUCUUGGCUGUACUUCCGAUCGUCGGUCCAACCACUCUUGUUGAGCAUGUCUGCAGGGAUGAAAAUGUGCGCAGUCGCUUCUCGACGAUCCUCUUCUUUCCAGAAGGCAGCCUUGAGGAUGAAGGAGUGACCGACUUGAGAGGGGGCAGCAACUUCAAAGUCAGACAUCAGAAUCACGCCACUCAGUCUCACACCAGGUUUCUGAUCAUUGUCGAAACCGCCAAGGACAUCAACGAGGGAGCAUGGAGAAGUCUGAAAUCGUGCGUCACCCGUAUGGCACCUUGCGGUGGGAGUAAAAUCAUAGUCACCGGUCGGUCAGUCAGAAUAGUGGAUCUUGGAACGACGGGAGCGCUUUCACUGGGCCGUGUCCCUCGAGAAGCCUACUGGUAUCUCUUCAAGUCGCUCGCGUUCGGAAGCGCGAACCCUGGCGAGCACCGAAGCAUGGCAGCGAUGGCCAUGGAGAUCGCUUCGGAGCAUAGACAGUGUUUGAUCAGCGCGCAUAUGGUUGCCGGGUUACUGCGAGAUAACUUCAGUCCCGGAUUCUGGCGUGCAGUCCUUGGAAGCGUGAGAGCGUAUAGAAACUAG